GAUUAUAGUGUUCUGUGAUGAUUGCUGACAAACACCAGAAACGAAGAAACAGAAAUCUCAAAUCUGGAAUAUUUUUAAUUUUGGAAAGUGUCCGACUUCUAAUUCAAUGAUUAAAAUCAUAUAAUGGCAUUUACGAUAAACAACAAAAUGACGAAUAUGGUCCAUUGUCAAUUAUGGAUGGGCAGUCUGGAGCCCUACAUGACAGAAAGUUUUAUAUUGUCCGCUUUUCGAAGAAUGGGGGAAAAUCCACUCAAUGUGAAAGUUAUGAGAAAUAAACUAACAGGAGAGCCAGCUGGUUACUGUUUUGUCCAUUUUGCUAAUGAUGAGGAAGCUAUCGAUGCAAUGCAUAAGUUAAAUGGUAAACCCAUUCCUAGUACUAACCCAGUUGUGAGAUUCAGACUCAAUAAUGCAAGCAAUACAGGAAGAACUCUGUUAGAUCGAGAAUUUUCAGUUUGGGUUGGUGAUUUAAGCCCAGAUGUAGAUGAUUACAAUUUAUAUCGUGUAUUUUCAUCCAAGUUUAGUACUAUAAAAACUGCUAAAGUUAUUCUUGAUAAUAGUGGAUUCAGCAAAGGAUAUGGAUUUGUGAGAUUUGGUAGUGAAGAUGAGAUGAAAAAUAGUCUCAUGUAUAUGAAUGGAUAUGUAGGUUUAGGCACUAAACCAUUAAAAAUAUGUAAUGCAGUUCCCAAACCAAAAGGUGCAGCUACUAGUACAAAUGGCUCAUUUACCUCUGGUUCUGAUUAUAGCCAAUAUUAUGAUCCAACAACAUAUUGGCAAAAUUAUGCUAAUUGGCAAAAUCAAGGAUAUUAUGACCAAAAUGCAAAUACUGCUAGCACCUCAGAAACCAAUUCUGCCAGCAACGUAACUUCACAUGUUCCUCUACCAGAGAAGAAAGAUGAUAGUUUAGAGCUUAUUGAUCACACAAUGGCAGUAGAUAUUGAAAAAAUGAAUAGGGAAAAAAUGGAACAGGAUAGUAAUUUGUGGGAUGCUCUGGAAAGUUCAAAAUGGAUGUCUGCCGAGCAGAUCGAAGUGAACUGAUGAAGCAAAGUGACCAUUUUUAGUGCGAUAUAACACUGAAGAAUACAUUCAAGCAAUUUGUAAUCCCCAAGGUUUGGUUUAUUUUCUGCAUAAAUUAUUGUUUGAUAAUGGCUUUCCCAGAGAUAACCUUGAGAUUAUACUUUGAAAUACUUACCUUUUUCAGGAAUAGGGACAAGUUGUAAUUGUUUGUAGGUUGUGAAAUUAUAAAUAAAGUGACUAUAUGAAAUUUUCA